UGCUGCGGUUCCGAGGAAAAGGUGCCCGUCAUCCUGGUAUCCACGGGGGACAGAAGGGGCAGCCCAGGACCUGGAGGCCGAGCCGAAUGCCAAGUCCUGCUUCCUCCCAUUGGGGAGGCCAGAAUGACGGUCAAGAGACAGUGAUGACUGAGAGGUUGCCAGUGACUGAAAGAAGUUACUACCCAGCCGAAAGAGCCUGAGCAGCGACCUUUUGUAGGAUCUCAAAAGACACCUACGCGAUGGAACAUGCCCAGGGAUUUGGAAAACCGUAGUUGCCCACAAAGCCUGUCUGUUGGGGGAUGUCAGGGCACACCGUCCUGCAACAUUUUCCUAAGUACAACGUUGAAGGACAAAUGUCUGCUAGACAGCUGGAGGGAAGGAAGUUGUGGAGCCCUCCACAGCCACGUCGGCGUCUUCCCCCAAAAAAAAGAGAAGAGUCCGCUUCUCCCUCCAAAACCAGGUCUUCUAUAUCGCGGACACCAUGGAAGAUCCUGAGGAGUGCCAGACCGACGACCUUCCCAGGGACAGGACAGAGGAAGGGGCCCCACCUGUCCCUGAUGUGGAUGCGGCGAGAAACAAAAACUGAGGAGGCAACCGGAAAUGGUCCAACUUCCCCGGAUGGCCUGAUGGAUGACCUUUCCUUGGAGAGUGAAGAGGCAAAGGGCCCCGUUUUCACCAAGGUGGUGGCCCUGCUGGAACCUGACAGUGAUUCGCUGGAUAGCACGUGCAACCUUUCCUUGGACAGCAUGGAUGGAGAGGGCCCAUUUUUCACCAAGGUGGCCCUCCUGAAAAGUAAGACAGAUUCCCUGGAGACCGUGUUGGAGGACCUACCCGUGGACAGCGUAGAGGGAGAGGCCCCAUCAGUCCCCAAGGUGGUAGCCCUGCUGGAACCUGACAGUGAUAUCCUGGAGACCGUGUUGGAAGACCUACCCGUGGACAGCGUAGAGGGAGAGGCCCCAUCAGUCCCCAGGGUGGUAGCCCUGCUGGAACCUGACAGUGAGGCCCCACAGUGAGUCUUCGCACCCCAAGCUGAAGCACUGAGUACCGGGACAGACGCCUUCCUCCUGCAGGUGGCUUCUGGGGCAGCCUCGUGCCACAGGCCUGUGUGAAGCAUCACCACUGCUCUCCGCACGCAAAGAGGACUCCAUGGACGAAGAAGAUUCCGAUGGAAGGAGCAACACUGUGCCUGUGAUUCAUUUCCUCCUCCAGCCCUCAGGAUGCUCCCCUUCAAUCAACAUGGAGGAAAAAACGAAGCCAUCUCUCAGUCAGAAGAGAAGGACUUAUGAAUGGGUGCACAGCAGGACAGUCUGAGCACGACCCAGAUGCUCCAGACCCUCCAGACGUCCAAGAGAAAGGGAACCAGGAAUGACUUCUGGCUCCAUCUGCAGCUUGAGAAGAAACAACGCCUGCAGGAACUGCUCUCCUACACCUGACCUGUGCAGGCCAAAAAGACUUGUGCGGCCGACCAGAGGACGGCACCGGGACCCCUGAGGACGAAACAAGGAGGCCGUCCGAGUCGGCCACCGUAUGAAGAGCUGAUGACUGACACUCUGAGGAGGCGGCGACGCUCUGGGCCUUCAACAGUGCAUUGUCCGGAAUCUGUUCUUCUUGUAAGAGGACAUCGUGGAAACACUGGUUCUUUUACCAAGGUUUUGGCUGGAAUGUCCUAUUUGAGAGAGGCAUGCACAGACUCAGAACUGACCAAACAGCUUUAAGGAACUAAGGUUGACUUUAGGAAACUUGGAGCCAUAAAGCCCUUUGGGAAUGAUGGCCUGAUACCUUGCUGACAGAGUUUCCAGCAGCCUCAGCAGUGUCUCUCCACUUGGUGCCCAGAAUCCUUCACUGCAAUAACUUCCAGAUGGUAGAUGGUCCCUACCACUCAGGAAGAUCCACACAAACGGCCUCCCCUGGACUCAGCGGCCUCUGCCGUUCUCAACUCCUACAUAUAUAGGCCCCCAGCUGACCAACAGUGACCCAUAGGUAGGGACAUCUCUAUGCCCCUCUUCAACAGGAAGAAGUUACAGAAGAUGAGACCUUCCAUCUUCAACAACCUUCAAGACUGAAGGGUCAAAACUGUUCACCAGAAGCUGGCACCGAACACUGCCCCGCCUCCCACGUGAUUUGUGUGACAAUCCUCAGGCACUCCUGGC